AUGAGCUAAUUAGUCAUUCGCUGACAUUAGUCAGUGAACUGUACUGUAUCACUGUUUGAACUAAGAGGCCUCCACAGCAAGGUAGGACCUUUUGGUUUCAUUCUAUCUCUUGUGAUUGCCUUUACCCUAUUUUUUUUUCUUGUUAUCCCCUGCUGGUUUGUGAUCUGGUGUCCUUAUUGUUAAUGAGGAAGCAGGAGGGAAAGGAAAGCACAGUGGAAGAAAGGCACGCAGGUGGUUAAAACAAAGAGAAAUGGUGGCAUCGUCCCUGGCAAUUGAGAGAACCAUGUGACAGAGCUACAAAAAAAGGCACAACACAUGGGAGUGGGGAAGGGGCCGUUAGCUGUCCCUAGACUUUGUCCAAAGCAAGGUGGAAACUGUUCACAAACCAAAUUGCUAAGUAAAUGGAAAAUAUACUUAAGUGGGAUUUGUGCUGACAAGCGAGGACACGUGUUUGAAGACACAGACCCUGGGUAAACAACAGAAAUAUAGUUACUGCAGUUAUGACACUUCUUACCUGAGUUGUGUAGCAAGAAUUUUCCAAUGUUACUUUUAGCUGGAUUUUAGUUUGUGUAGUUCCUGGCAUGAGGAAUCUGUGGUUGUUUCCUUAAAAUCAUAGAUCAUAUGCUAAGUACUGCCCAAAAGACAUCUUGUCACAAAUAACACAUCUGUCAGCUUACAAUGUUUCCUCUGCUGGAAACAUUCGUGCAUAACAUUCCAGCUUUGUUGCUAUUUUACCUUUUUGUUUUCUUUUUAUUUUAUUUUCAGUUUAUUUAGAGUAGGACUCAUUGUUCAGAGGUUUGUCUGUGCCAUUUUCUUCCUUCCUUAACUCCACAGAAUCUUACAUCCAUAGUUUGUCCUAAACAACUAAUUCAUUCCAAGUGAUCAAAAAACAAACAAACAAAAACAGUAGGAUGAGAUAUAAUUUUAAGUUCUUGACUUCAUUCAAAUAGUUCAAUGUGUUGGACAAAAGAAGUAUAGGGGGAAAAUACAGAAUUAUGGUAGGCUAAUGGAGCUCUGAAAUUUUCAUGAGGAGUUAUAAAGCUGGUGAAAGCAAGAAGCUUUUUCAGUCUGUGAUAACUUUAAGAUGCAGAAUAGUCUAACUGCUUGUAUUAUCUGUUACAUUCUAAACUGUAACUUUUCUGGCCCUCUUUCUUCUCUGUUAGUUGUUUCUUAUUUUACAUUUCUUCAGGCAGUUUCCCAAUUCAUACAUGAACAGUGCUUCCUUUCUCAGAAUUCCUCUUUUGCAUGUUUCUCAGCAAGAGAAACUAAUCUGACUGUGGAAAACAGCAAAUGCACAUAAAAGCAAAUCCCUCCUGCUAUUCUGAAAAUGCAAGCUCAAAAGAAUUUUCUUCCACUCAGUGUUUCACUUGAUCUUUGGGGCUUGUGAUGUGCUAACUCUCCUGUCUUUUUUUGUCACAGCUUUCAAAAAAAUCUUUGGCCAGGGUUAUUAGAAGAAGGGAAUGCCGUUUGUUGCGGUGCCAGGCAUGGAUUUACUGGGAAAGCUUUAGCUCCGUGCUUUGCACAGUGGGGAUAACACUGCCACAACACAUCAUGUGAUUGCAACUGUAUAGCCUCCAUUUGGUGGGUGAGGUGUGAGGUGCGUUCAUGAGCAAGUCCAGUCAGAUCUGAGCUCAGCUCUGUCAGCCCUCUGAGCACGUCUCUCUGAGCUAGCCAAUUAUUCUUACCUGUUGUGUUUAUGUGUUGCUGCAUGUUUGCUCCACCCAUGCUCCUAGCCUGAAGAAUAUUAUUCAGCUCAAAGCUAAAAGUUCUUUAGAAGUGUUGCCAUGGGACACUAUCCAAUCUGAUGCUGGAGAGCUCUUCAGUCCUUUUGUUCAUUGUCUUCGUUCUGCUUUUCAUUUCGUUGCUCUUCGUGGUACUCAUCAGGAAAAAUGGCACUGCUGCCCUGAUCUGGCAUGAAAUAAUCAAGGAGAAAAUAACCAAUUUCAUCAUGAAUCAGAGCAAAGAACGGAGGAUUUUAAAUUUUGUGUUGCAGAAUGCAGUCCGAGGGGACCCCUGCAGUGUGAUGGAAACUAUAGAUAAAUACUGCUCUGAGAAAGAGUGGGCCAUGAAUGUGGGCGAUGUAAAAGGUGUAAUUCUGGACAAGACAGUGGAAGAGAUCAAUCCUAAAGUUGCACUGGAGCUGGGAACAUACUGUGGCUACUCAGCUGUUAGGAUUGCUCGGCUGCUGAAAGCAGGCGCUUGUCUUCUCACUGUGGAGUUCAACCCAGAAUUUGCUGCUAUAGCUAAACAGAUGAUUGAGUUUGCUGGAGUACAAGAUAAGGUAAAACUCCUAGAAGGCCCUUCAGAGGUAAUCAUCCCGCAGCUGAAAAAAAAAUAUGAAGUGGAUACUCUGGAUUUUGUCUUCGUGGACCACUGGAAAGACAGAUAUGCACCAGACACCAUCCUGCUUCAGGAAUGCAGCUUGCUGCGGAAGGGCUCAGUUCUUCUGGCUGACAAUAUCAUCUUCCCAGGAGCUCCUGAAUUUGUUAAAUAUAUCCGCAACAACCCCCGUUUCCAAUGCAGUACCUACCCAUCUUAUCUGGAAUAUAUGAAAGUGCAGGACGCUAUGGAAAAGGCUGUGUUUUUGGGAUAAAGACAGCCAUUAAUACUUAAUCUUUGUUUCUAAUGACAUAAAUGUAACUACACAGGUUAACUUGACUGUGCUUUAUAUUUCGCUGUUUGUAUUUUGAGCUUAUCAUCUAGUGGGAAUCAUUUUUUACCAGGUGGAAACCAAGAUUUGGAGUAAGUAGGGCAUCCACUCAAAGGCCCAUUCGACUACUACACAUUAUUCGGCAAACCCAAGGUGAUCAACAUAUUGUCAAACAACAGUCUGUUAUUUUGAGCUCAAACUUGAACAACCACAGUUGGUAGGGUUAGAGUAACAUGGAAAAAGUUACUCAAUUUCUAAGAACUUAUGUUCUAAAGCCAAACUGUCUUAUUCUCAAGUGUGAAAAAAGCAUGCAUAUUGCAAGAGAAGAAACCCUGGUUAUAGUAAAUUAUUAUCAUGCCACUUCAACCAGUGAAGGUUCCUAUAAUAACGUCAGAUGCAUUUUUGCAUGGGUGCAAAUCUUAAUUAUCCCCAUGCUGAAGAAAAGGGCACAUACUGAAAGAAGAAAAAGCUACACAGUGAUGGGAAAGUGUAACAUAAUUAUGCAUAAGACAAAAAAAAAAAAAUUAGGAUAUCUGCACAUGCAGAGAUAAUUGAAGAAGCGAGCAGAUUAAAAUAAACACAACAGAUAACAAAAGACAGGUUAUUUCUAACAGAAUACCAGAAUGACAAAAUCACUGAGAUCUUGAGAAAAUACUACUCAUCCCUUCAUUACAUUUAAUCAUUCCUUUAUUAUACUGUAUAUACAUAGUGUGUGCAUUUGAGAGGCAGGGCAAGCUGCUUACUCUGAAUUGUUAUGUAUGUUUAGUGAGAAUGGGUUUUACCAGGUGGGUCCUGCACACCUUGUUUAACCUAUUGUAGUUAGCAUUGAAUGGCAAGGUUUAUUAUUGAGAAGAUUUACAAAACCAAAUCUGAAGUCUCUUAACUCACCUGAACAAUACAAAAAUCCACUGUUAUUUCCUUCUAUGUCCUGCUGUGAUUAUAUAAUGAGCCGAUGGUUGCUUUUAUGAAUAAAAACUAAAAAACAAUAGAGAAGA